UUCUGAUAUCAUAAAAAAUAAAAAACAUUUUUUAAUAAGAAUUAAAAACGAAAAUUUAAGCCAAAUCAAGAGGAGCAGGAAGGAAACAAAGGCCAACUAUCCACAAAAUUUCCAGUUCGGACGAUACCUCCGCCAGCCGGAAAAGAUUACGGAGUAAAUACACUGCUACAAACAAAUCUGGUCGACUCCAAGGGACGUGUUCUUAAAGGAGUAAGUAAUUAAGAUUGAGUAGGAUUGAUAAGUCUCACGACUUUUUUUGAUAAUACUGUAAUAGAUAAUACUGUACUAUUUGAAUGAAAUAUAGAGCCUACAUUCGCCCCCCUUAUACUUUUUCCUAACUACCUUUUUUUCUACUCACCCUACCUUAUGUCGCUCACCCUAUCUCCACCCCAACACCACAUACGUCCGUCUCCCUCUAGCUCAUGUCCCCUUCACACUACCUCCUAUUUUCCCAACUUUCCUUCUGUUCUCCUCACACUACCUUAGGCCAUAUUCUCGAAAAAUUUAAUUUUCUACAGGUCAGUUCUGUUCCUAUACUCGUUCCAGAUGUACGUAACGCAAAAUCAAGGUAG